AUGGCCGACAAGUGUCCUGGCAACCAGUCCUGUCCUGUCGACCACAAAUCUCGUACAACAUGGUUCUCUGUCUUGUCAGGGAGCAGCUCUGCGCACCCAGUCAACGCAUCUUCGCUCUUGACUGAACGGGAGGUCUCUUCGAUACCCCGAGCAGACAAUGAGGCUCAGUUUUUUGCUGCCAUGGCGCGCAAAAAUCAUAAUCCCCAUGCUCCAGAUAUGAAGACCAUCAUUCCUAUUCAUAAUGCUUGCGGAGGAGUAAAGCUUGUAAACUUCAAGGACAGACCUAAUGACCUGACCCCAAAAGCUCGACUCAUGACCUUGCUCGGGUACUCUGCUCCCUUCGAUCGUCACGACUGGGUGGUCGAACGAUGCGGAACCCGAAUUAGAUACGUGAUCAACUUCUAUGCUGGACGGGGCGCGGGACCAACAUCGUCAAAUAAAGUUUCUUUCUAUCUCGAUGUUCGGCCUGCCUUAGACAACUGGGAAGGGGUGAAAAUGAGAGCUGAGAACAUUUGGCAGGACUGGUUUGGAAGUGUUCACAGUAGCAGCUCCCCAUCUCAGUCAUGAGUAUUAUCCAUAGACGCAUAUUCACUCAUAUUUAAUCCCCUACUCGCAUGGUUUACUAAUUGUGAAUACAUAUAGGACUUAUAGCUAUGGUAUGUGGAACGGCGGCGGUACAUUGAUCACGACCAUUCUCAGUCAUCAUAUAUCGAUCCAGCUUCCUCUUGACGAAGUACCAAGCCUAAUCUAAAUAAAGCCCACCUUGGCUUUGGUACGUAGUCUAAUCCUAUGAUGUUGGCGGGGG